UCUGCGUGUCCAUGAGUGCGUGUGCUUGGUGAAGGCGCCACGUCGGCAGAAGCAGCAGAGAGAAGAGCAGCAGCAGCGGCUCUGCAGAAACUCUGGAGAAGUUGGUUGUUUGGAGGAUUGACGGACUGACGGACCGGCAGCUGCAGGGUUCAGGUUCCCCCUCCAAAACCCAGACCGCGGCCCACUUCUCAAUCUGCUGCUGGCUCAGGUGUUCCAGCCAGAAGCACUGGGAACAAUGGUGAAGGACGUGAACAGCGUGAACGUGGAGCCGCAGCCCGGGACCAGCCUGGCCUCGGACGAAGCUGAGCCCGCCGACAGCCAGGCCCCAGAGGAUCCAGGUAAAGAUCAUGCUGUCGCUCCGCCCGGCAUGGUGUGGAGGGUCACCGGCGGCCUCUUCAAUGUCACCAAGGGCGUAGUCGGCGCCGCAGUGGGCGGAGUUGCCUGGGUGGGCGGGAAGAGCCUGGAGAUCACCAAGUCGGCGGUGACAACGGUGCCGUCGGUGGGGGUGGGGCUGGUGAAGGGCGGCGUCUCCGCCUUGGCUGGCGGCGUCUCCAGCGUGGGCUCUACAGUCGCCAACAAAGUGCCAUUCACCGCCAAGAGGAAGGACAAGGCAGAGUGAGGUGGCGGUGAUGAUGAUGAUGACGACUGACGGAUUGCCCCGCCCUGAGCCAACCGAGACAGGAUGAUCUCGACCAAUCAGAUGCCACCGUGCCUUCCCCUGAACGCCUCAUCACAGCAACUUCAGACUGUAAAAUAAAGACUGUGCAGCUCUACUUCACCAACCCAAACAUGUUCUGCUCCAUGUUGGUGACGACACCCCGAUGACCCUUCUACCAGUUUAUGGACCAGUCUGAGGCCACGCCCUCUUCCUGCUCUUCAACCACAGACUUCUGCUGAAACCUUUCUGUCUUCAGAUGCUGAUUUUUGUGCUUUUUGUCUCUUUUGAAGUAUUACUGCAACCUCUCUGUCAGUAAAGUGUGUGUUGAGGGAUCAGACUGUUUCUUCUGAGGAGCCCUCCUUCACUCUGCAUGCAGGAACAUCUCUGAAAUAUCUAAAGAGUGACGCCACUCUGCAGCCUCUUUAUGGUGAAACUUGUUGGACAGAGUCUGACGUUACUCAGAAAAGGUGAACUGUUCCUUUAAUCAGAUGUUUACUCUGCUGCAGGAAUCAAUCAUUAGCAUUUCAAUGCAGCUGUUGUUGAGGAUAUGAAAGAUGUUUAUGUAUUUUUUUUUCAGUUUAUCAAUAAAAUAGUUUAGAAGGUUAAAAAAACAGGUCUUUUUCUCAGU